GUGACAAGAUGUCCAUUGGAACUGAAGAUGACAAGAAAGAAGAGAGGAGAUGAGUGGUAUGGAAAGAUAAGCUACCACAACUAUGGAGAAGAGCUAAAAGAUCCUGCACUUGUGGAGCAAAAGAUUCGAGAAGCUCAGCUUAAACUGAUUGGGAACGAUGUGGGGAUCAGCAGUGAGCUCAUCAGUCUGGAGAUCGCUUCCCCUGAUGUUCCAGACCUUACACUGAUCGACCUGCCUGGCAUUGCCAGGGUGGCUGUGGAAGGACAGUCAGAGAACAUUGGUGAACAGAUAAAAGAAAUGAUCCAGAGUAUCAUCAAAAAACAAGAAACCAUCAGCUUGGUGGUUGUUCCCUGUAAUGUGGACAUUGCAACCACAGAAGCUUUGAAGAUGGCAAAGGAGGUGGAUCCUGAUGGAGAGAGGACUUUGGGCAUCUUGACUAAACCUGACCUGGUGGACGAAGGCACAGAAGAGACAGUGAUUAAAAUUGUCCAUAAUGAAGUCAUCCCUCUGAAGAAGGGUUACAUGAUUGUCAAAUGCAGAGGUCAGAAGGAGAUCACAGAGAAGGUGCCUCUUAGUGAAGCAAUAGACAAAGAGGAAACCUUCUUCAAGGAGCAUGCUCAUUUCCAGAUUCUCUAUGAUGAAAGUCAGGCCACUGUUCCUAAACUGGCAGAAAAACUGACUCUUGAACUGGUGCAUCAUAUCCAGAAAUCUCUGCCUCGGCUUGAUGAGCAGACACAGAAGAAACUCAAAUGGACUCAGGCAAGGCUGGCCGAAUUAAGAAAAGGACCUCCAUCUGAUGCAGCUGAGAGACUAAAGUUCCUCAGUGACAGAGUGUCAGCAUUCACACAGGAUGCUAUCAGUCUCACCAAAGGUGAAGAAUUAAGAUGUGGCUACAAGUCCAACAUCUUUUCCACGCUCAGAACUAAGUUUGAAGCAUGGGAGAAAUUCAUACAGAACUCUGGAACAUCAUUUGAAACGAGUGUUCGGACAGCAGAGUCUCAGUUUGAACAAAAGUACCGUGGGAAAGAACUGCCCAUGUUUAUCAACUACAACACCUUUGAGGCCCUUGUCCAGGAGCAGAUCAGGCAGCUGGAAGAGCCGGCUGUCCAGAAACUCAAGGAAGUGUCAGGCAUGUUUUUUCUUAAUGCUGCAAUCAUUGCAAAGAUUAUGGGGAAAGAGCUGUUUGAAUUGGCACAAGACAGCUUUGUUGGUUUUCCUAACCUCAUCAAUGCAACUAAGUUGAACAUUGAAACCAUCAGAAAUGAAAGGGAAGAUGCAGCAAGGUCCAUGCUGAGGAUGCAGUUUCAGAUGGAGCUGGUUGUCUACACUCAGGACAACAGAUACAUCAGGAAGAUGAAUAAGAAAAUUGCUCAACAAGGACUAGGACCACAACUGUACAGCAGUGGGUUCACCCCGAAAGAGAUGAUGAAACACUUUGGAGUAUAUUACAAAAUUGCUGGUCAACGUCUGUCUGACCAGAUCCCCCUGGUGAUCCGCUAUCAGAUGCUGCAGGAGUUUGCCUGCCACGUGCAGAGGGGGAUGCUGCAGAUAUUACAGCAGAAAGAGAGAGCAGAGUCCCUGCUUGAAGAGGACACUGUCACAAAAAAUAGAAGAGAAGAACUUCAGCUGCGCCUUGAGCGCCUCUCAAGAGCUCGCCUUCUGUUAACUGAAUUUAGUAUGAACACACACAAAGUCAACUCAAUGGGAAAGUUAACAUCAGAUUUCUGACCUGACAAAUAUGUUCAGCACAAAAUUGAACCUCACGCUACUCUUGUGUUACUUUCUGCAAUAAUAAUUUUAAAGAAACAUUACA